AUGGGUUACGUUGAGCGGGGCCAUGCGUGUGGAGGUCAUUGUAGUCUUGGUUGCUUUCUGCAUGGGGCUAUCUUGACCUGCGGGAUACAAGGCGAGGAUGAGGUUCUGUACGGUCAGACUCCUGGAACCACGGGCGCGCCUCCCACACGUGUCCCAUCCAGAGCGGACAACAGGGCCCCAACAUCCAAAGAGCAGGAAGACGAGGAUAUUCAAAAGGCCGUAGCGGCAUCGCUCGCAGCGCAGAAACCAACACUACCUCCUAGGCCCUCGUCCUCAGCUAAGGGUCAAUUUGGGCCGGCCACCAGAGAGCACUACUCGGAGGAAGAAUGGGCGGUGACCAGUCAUUAUCCGCCGCCACUCGAAGAUGAGGUACCGACUUGCCGACAAAGAAAACCAGGCCUGCCCGUGUUUCUCAGGCGCCGGCCGAACCACAAUAGUCAUCUGCUGGGCGGUCUACUGAUGAUCUUACAACGAAUUCCUGCGGCGCGGAAUACUUUGCUCAGGAUCGGUGAUGAGCCAGCAUGGGGAUACCGUUGUUCACAGGAUUGGUGGAAGGGCGAGCCGAUCACGGUUAACGGACCGCGAUGGGAAUUUGAAGUUCACCGUCUAAUGGCUUUUCUGGAGGGGACAACGCGCUCAUAUGCGACAGCUGAUAUUUUGGCGCAGUUCCCAGAACCUGAAAGGUACUUCGACGACGAUGAAGAAAAGGAGUUCCUUCACAGAUUUGCAUACAACAAUGCUCUGCGGGACGUCGAAGGUUCUUCAUCGACAGUGGGCUACUCGGUUCUGAUGUCGGAAGUUGAGGUCGUUCCGAUCCAGGACAUUACAGUGCACCAGUCGGAGGACCAGUUUGGUCUUUUAGAUUUAUUCAUACCCGCUCCCCUCCACCACAUCGAUGCCAAGUUUGAAGCAAAGUCACCAAAGACCUUGUACGAUUAUUUGGACCUCCUGUUUUAUCCGGACGUUCCCGUGGCGGCUGAGGAUCUGGAUCAAGGCAUGCUAGCUAUGAUUCGACAUCCAUCUUCAGUGUUGACUCUGCGGACCAGAGACAGCCGUAUAAACGACAUCGAAAUUCCAGAAAUCUUUUACCUUGACCGAUACAUGGCAUGUAAUCAGGAGAAGCUUGCGGAAAUCGCAAGGGAGCAGAUUGAUCUGUACCGCAGAAAGACGAAUGGGUUGAAAACGGCAGAGGGCGAGGCGACACGCAAGGAGUUGGCUCUCGCGACUAUAAAGUCGCUGAAGGACAAAAUCGAAAGCAUGAGAAAAGGAGCUCUUUGGAGGAACUAUAACGAUGCUUUCAGCAAUGCUGAAGAUGUCAUGUAUCUGCCUUCUUCACAGGAUGAGCCAUCGUGGUCGGACGAGGAGAGGGAAAUUCUUGCUCAUUACCAGACGAGAAUCAAGCAGCUUGAACAGAUUUUCCACCCGAUAGCAGCGAAGUCUGAGGCGAAUUCUGCAAAGUUCACCACGCCGUCUGACGACCCAGCCUGGAAUCCCACAUACAAGUAUACGCUUGUUGGCGCGGUGAUAGGGGAUUCUCAAGUUCUGUUGCGAUGGACGGGGGAGCCAUUGGAUGAUAUCAUCCAGGAGGGCUCGUCUCCAGGAGUGGAGGAUACCGGUGGCUGGUGGCUUAAGAUGUCUUAUCGCAACAGGGUUGAGUAUGAGGUAUGUGUGGCAGCGGCUUUCGUGGGUUACUCAUGGUUGAGGAUUCUAACCACGAACCGCAUGUUGGUGUAUGCGACUGAUUCGGCCAUGAAUGAGAAGUACGACCCUCUUCCGGACAAGCUCCAGAAGUUUGUCAAGGACGAUAAUCACUUUUUCAAGAAGGAGCUGCAGACGGAUCAGUCCCAGCGUCCACCAGAGGCGGAAGCAUCCAAGAAGCGAGGGGCCGACGAUCAGUGGGCUGGCAUUGCUGGACCUGGAAAGCUGCAGAGGUCGGCUAGUCUUGAUACCUUGUCUUCCAACAGGGCUUCGGCUGGGUCUGGAGGGGACAAGGAUGAUGAAGUGAUGCUGGAUGUUGUUGGGGAUGGGGCGGAUGGUGGUGAACCGGUGGGUGGGAAAGGGGUAAGUGUGGCGGUUCAGGAGAUGGUGGAACGCCGCACUUCUGCCUUUUUCCCAAUAAUUGCGAGUGCUGACGCUUAUGAGAUUGCUCAGGGCGACGCUGCUACGAAAACGAGUGCGAACGAGGUGGGUGGGAAUGGAGGUGGCGGGAGUUUAGCUGAUCCUAUUACGAACAAUGGAGAUGGGGAUAGGAUGGUUACGGAUUGA